AUGCGUCGGGCGGUUGUUGAACGCACCGAGCAGGAGCACAUUGGCUUCGGCAAAGUCAUCCUCUUCGGCGAGCACUUCGUCGUGUACGGCGCGGAGGCGCUUGUGGCGGGCAUCCAGGAGUACACCUCGUGCCGGCUGGAGCUCACGAGGGGGAGGCCGGGGGUUUCGGUUGUGGACAAGCGGCCCGCCGUGCCAGGCUACAUCGUGGAGAAGGCCGAAGAGCAGCGCUUGGCCCACGGUCUGGUCUUCCGCCACUUAAACAUUGACACCACCGUGGAUGGCGUCCGCAUUCAUUUGGGCGGCUCGCUCGUGCCCAGUAGCGGCAUUGGCGCGUCUGCCAGCGACGUUGUGUCCCUCUCGCGUGCGUUAAGUGAGAUGUACGGGCUGGGUCUGAGUGAGCAGGAGGUGAACCACAGCGCCUUCGUUGGCGAGGGCGGCUACCACGGCACACCAAGCGGGGUGGAUAAUACGGCCGCGACGUUCGGGGGGCUCAUUUCCUACCGCCGCGACCACGGGAAGGCCGCCUUCAGUCGUGUGUCGUUUUUGAAGCCGCUGUUUCUGGUGGUGUGCAGCACCGGCAUUACGGCGAGCACCACGAAGGUGGUCGGGGGGGUGCGGAAGCUGAAGGAGGAGAAACCCGCGUGGUUCACCGCACUUCUGGAGCACUACAACGCGUGCGUGGGGGAGGCCAAGGCGGCCAUUGAAACCGGAAAUUUGGUUCGCCUGGGGGAGCUGAUGAACAGGAACCACGCGCUCUGUCAGGAGCUCACAGUGUCCUGCGAUGAGCUUGACGCCAUUGUGAACUUCUGCCGCGAAAACGGCGCACUCGGCGCGAAGAUGUCCGGAACAGGCCGUGGUGGGCUUGCUGUGGCGUUGGCGGCGGACGCGGCGCAAAGCGACAGCAUUGCCGACGCCGUGAGGCAGCGCUGCCCUGCCGCAAAGUUUGUCUGGAAGUACAGCGUAUUUCCAAAAGAAUCUUCUCUGUAG